AUGGUACCGCAACCUCAGUUCUUCGUUGCCCGACCUGACACUGAGGUUUUGCGCAAUGACACCGGAGCAAUUCAUAGAAAACAAGGUCCGAUGGUCCCCUUGAUUGCUGUGGACGAGCUUCCCGACUGGAUUGACAUUGGCCUACCUCGAGAGCUGACGGUCGAGCAGACCACGGGGCUCUAUAACCUCGGUAUUGUCCCGCACAACGAAGGCACAUAUCGGGUACGGAUCAUCGAGCCUAAUUCCCAUGAGGAAUUUGGGUGGAGAGACUCGCCCAAAGCCACAUUGGUCUCAAGGGGUGCCUGCGCUCCUGGACAGCGGACCAUGGCUCAUCCUGAGCACCCAGAGCGAGUUCCGUAUAACACACCAGCAGGUCCCACCGGAAGUGAUUCCAGUAUAAUCCAUUCCUCUUCUUUUCAGGAAAAAUCUCCGCAUAUUCCUCACCCUAGCAUGGCACCGACAAGCACAAACCCGCCCAGGAUGACCCGCGCCGAAGAUGAGGCAAUGCAUACAAUGCGAUGGGCCGAUCUGGUCGAAAGGAGCAUCGCCCGAGAAACCGAAGCACAGGAUGCCAGUCAUCAUUCUGCCCUACUCGCACCACCUCCUUCUCCUCAGUUUGCAUCUCGUAGUCAUCCGACUGUCUACCGAGACGACAUGUCCCCUAUUGGCACUACAAGCACUGCGGAUCAAAGGGCAAGCGUUCCCCACAACACAAUGGCUACACCACCCAGGCCCGCCGCUGCCAAAACCGAUGUCGCAACACCUGCUGCCAGCCCUCCUACGGUAGUUCCCAAUUCUGCUGGUCCUGGUGUCAACAGCUCUAAUACUACACCCGCUGCCGCUUCUUCUGCUUCAGGUCCCCAGGAAUACUGCCGCCACUGGUGUCAACACGGCACCUGCAAAUGGGGCACCUUCUGCCGUCACAGACACGCCAUGCCCACCACGCUUGAAGGUCUUCUCGAGGUUGGCCUCUGUGAGAUUCCUGCGUGGUGGAUUGCUGCUACUGGCAUCGGGAUGUCUAGUAAGGCAAAGCAGACUGCUGUCGCUGCCGGUAUUGGUGGUAGUGGUGGUGGUGAUGGUGGUGGUGGUGGUCCUGUUUCUCCUCCACCCGUCCCUUGCACUCCCAUGGCCCAUAACCCCCAUCAUAUGCUCCCAAAUUUGUCUGGAAUAACACUACCAACAACAGCAAAAAAACUAAGUAACAGAAAACUCAAAGCCCAACAGCGGGAAUUCAACCAACGCCUCCGCCUACUCAGUUCCAUGUUGAUUCCCCCGGGAUAUGGUAGUCCUCACCACCCACUUCGUCAUCCGGCUGAUGCGUUGUUGGUGCAUGGAUAUGGACAUGGUGGUGUCUCUGGCCAACAACAGCAAUCGCAACAACAACAACAACAGCAGCAGUCCCAACAACGAUUUGAGCGUAAGGGAGAAAAGACGCCACUGGAUAGAAACCGCAAGAAUGUCAAGGUGACGUUUAACGAGGAUGGGACGGUGAGUCUUGUUACUGCUGAUGACGGGGGUAAGAAGGGGGGUGCUGCUGCUGAUCAGGGACGCGCUGGUUCUGGAGGGGAAACGGUUGGGGGUGGUUCUACUCCUGCCGGUGUCGAUAUCGGUGCCGGGGCUUCAACAGAGGCGAUGUUAAAUGCUGCGACGGGGAAGCCCGUUGCAGGCGAUGGUGGAGCGGGUGAUGAAACGGAGGGGAGAAAGGAGAAGGAGGGGCUCAAUGAGAGGAAGCCGGUCAAGGGCCUUGCGGCGUCUAUGCAUGCUCCGAAGCAGGAUCAGGGGCAGGUGGUAGUCACGAUUCCGGGUAACAUGAAGGCGACUUGUGAGGAUGAGGAUGAGGGCGGGAGUAUGGACUAUGAGAAACUGGAGGUCACUGACAUAAACAUGAACAGCAAGUUCUUGAAGAGUGAACCCAAUAACAUUUGA